ACCGUGUACCAGGCUUAGGGAAUUUUAAAUGCCGACUACCGAUAUUCUUCAACUUUAUGGAGUUUUCUAGCUUUGCCCCUCCAAACUUUUAAUUCAUUUCUGCUGUUGUCAACCGUCGUCUUCACAUUUUCAUCAAAACUAACACGUCGCCAUCGAAUUUCAUCAUGAGUCCUAGCGCGUUAAAUGGCGAGACCGCCGUGGGGCCUGAGGGACCCCGACAAAAGAGCAGGGCCACCAUCGAUACGAUACGCGUGGGCUGCAUCGCGAUGGUCGAGAAAGAUGGACAAGCUCGUCGCGCCGAAAUCCUUAGCAUAAGAGAUACUAAGAGCGGCCGCCAAUUUUACUGCAACUUCGACAACUUCAAUAAGCGUCUUGACGAAUGGGUACCCGUUAAGCGAAUAGAUUUUGACCAGGACGUUGAGUGGCCGAACCCCGAAAAGGACAAACCUAAAGAUGGAAAAGGCAAGAACUCUACAGCUCCUAAGAGGAAGGUUGUCGGGAACAAGGCGCAAAAGCGGCCAGGAAAGAGGGAACAGUCUGUUGCUUCGGAGGCUGUUACGCCCCAUCCGUGGCCUGAUUUUACCGAUAGUCAGCCGCAAUCGAAAGCGCCUUCCACGCCGAGAGAUCUCGAACCUAAGGCCGGAGAGACGCCAGGUGCCAAUGGCGAUGAUAUGGACGUGGACGAGGAUGAAUCAACACUUGAAGUUAAGAAAGAGGGUGGCGGUUUCAGUCGAGAGGCUGAGAUUGAGAAGCUCCGGACAGGUGGUUCCAUGACCCAAAAUCCCACCGAACUCGCCCGAAUCCGAAACAUCUCCAAAGUCCAGUUCGGGCAAUGGGACCUGUUCCCGUGGUAUUUCUCGCCAUACCCAGAAGCUUUUACUCAGGAAGAUGUUAUCUUCAUAUGCGAGUUUUGUCUAAGCUAUUAUGGUGACAAGAAAUCGUUUUGUCGACAUCGAUCAAAGUGCACCCUUCAACAUCCGCCUGGAAACGAGAUAUAUCGAGACGACUACGUAUCGUUCUUCGAGAUUGACGGUCGGCGGCAACGCACCUGGUGUCGAAAUCUAUGUCUAAUAUCCAAGAUGUUCCUCGAUCACAAGACUCUCUACUAUGACGUAGAUCCCUUCUUAUUCUACGUGAUGACCCAGAAAAGUGAGAAAGGACAUCACCUCGUAGGCUACUUCUCUAAAGAGAAAGAGAGCGCCGAUGGAUACAACGUCGCUUGUAUUCUCACUUUGCCUCAAUACCAGCGAAAGGGAUUCGGUAGAUUGCUAAUCCAGUUCUCCUACGAGCUGUCCAAAAUCGAGGGAAAGCUAGGAUCUCCCGAGAAGCCGCUAUCUGAUUUAGGUCUCCUUAGUUACAGGCAGUAUUGGUCUGAGAACAUUCUUGAAUUACUACUCGAGUGUAACGAGAGGGAUGAGAAGUCCAGUAUCGAGCAGAUAUCAAGCACUCUAGCCAUGACCACGCAAGACGUCGAGCAUACCCUCCAGGCGCUGAAGAUGCAAGUGUAUCAUAAGGGAGAGCACAAACUUGUCAUACCGGAGUCACUGAUCAAGCUGCGCGAGAAGACCAAGCAGAAGCAAAAAAGAUUCAUCGCACCGGAACGCAUCCAGUGGAAACCUCCGGUGUUUACGGCUUCUUCGCGUACUUGGGGUUGGUAAGGCGUUUGG